GAAAAAUAUAAAAAAUUAUAAUAUGACCCUCACUUCUCUGUGCUGUUUCAAUUCAGUCUUCUCUACAAUCGCAACUCUGAAGUUCAAACAAUGGCAGCUCUUUCAAAUUCAUUGGUUUUAUCCAAACCCACUAACCCUUCUCUAUUUUUCUCCUCUGGUUCUUGCUUGAAGUCAUUGGACCAAAAUGUUAGUGCCACCAAGUUGUCCUUCGGUCCAAGUCACGGAGGAAAAUCAUAUUCUUCUAAAAGAUCAUUAACCAUUCAAGCGUCAUACAGUGAUGGUGGACGGCCAAGCGGCAGCGGUGCUGGCAUCUUUGUUGGUGGCUUUGUUUUGGGAGGAAUAAUUGUUGGCACACUUGGCUGUGUGUUUGCACCUCAGAUCAGCAAGGCAUUAGCUGGAGCUGAUAAGAAGGACCUGAUGAGAAAAUUGCCCAAGUUUAUAUAUGACGAAGACAAAGCAUUAGAGAAACAGCGCAAGAAGCUUGCUGAAAAGAUUGACCAGCUGAAUUCGGCGAUUGAUGACAUUUCCACUCAGUUGAAGUCAGAUGACACACCGAAUGGAGGUGCUGUGAACUCGGAUGAUGUUGAAGCUAUUGUAUAAGAAACAUUUCUAUCUUCUUAAUGUCAAGUCAGCUGAGGGCAUUGAAUAUAUCCUGGGAAUAUUCUUAGUUCAGUUUUGAUGUUUUUGGUAAUUGCUACAAUAUAAUAUCCAAAGUGAGGAACACCAUGUGAUUUUAUAUGCUGCUUCUGUUUUCUGAUGAAAGUGGUGCAGCUUGAAGCUGUAGUAUACAUGCUUAUAAUCCUUAUUCUCGUUGCUCGUAUUUAUUUUUUCAUCUGUUUAUAACUGGUUGAUUCAAGCUCGGUACAUUUAUUAGGGUUAGCACGAAAAAUGUGUUGUUUCAUGGUAUGGCAUGUGAAUCUUUAAUAUUGGAGUACACUAAAGUAGAAGCAAGACAAACCAGGGUUGGGGAUACAAAUUUGAGUAAAAAAAUGCACAGCAAAGUUCAGGUUCUUUGUUCAGGUUUUUGUUAUGGAAUCAGGACCACUGGCAUUUUGCAUUGAACUAUGACCAGUCAUUGUUGCAGAUCUGAAAUACUAAUGGUAUAUCAACAUUGCCCAUUAGCAGAAAUAUUUUCACUUCUUUGGUUUAAGAAAACAAUUAAGACGCAUUAGGGCAGUUGCAGAUCUAAAAUGAACUCCAAAUUGUCACCUUUUUCUAAUGAAUAGACACUAACAUUUUUUUCCUGGAUAGUUGUUCAUAUUAGCCAGAAGAAUUUAUCCCUAUUUAAAAGGACUGAAAAAGAAUGCAAUAAUUAUAACUAGCACCGUCCUCCUUUAGUUUCAUUUCACGUGUUUCCAUUACUUGUCUUCUUGCAUUAAUGUCCCCACAUUAAACUAUGUUUCUACAAGUAUUUUUGCUGGUUAGAUUACACCAAUAGUGUAAAAAUUCCUUAAGAUCGUAAGUGUAUAUGAAUUUAAAUCCUUUUCACAAAAGAUAACAAAUUACGGCCAGGUCAGCAUAAAUAUUCUCGAGGGCAUGCAUGGAAUAAAAAGAAAUGUGCCAAACAAUCUGUGGUUGAGAUUAUGAAAAUGGAAGAUUACAUGGGGACAGGGAACAUGACCUUAUCUUAUAUCAAUCUCCAUAGACCAUCUUCACCACUCAUUCUAUUACCUUCAAUGUCAACCAUGACUUUAUUUUAAUUGUCUCGAUUAAAGAAAAAAUAUUAAUAAUAUGGUGGGAACAAACCAUAUUUCAAACCAUAUAUAACAGAAGGAAGUAGUUCCUCAAGAUCAUUUAGUUGCAGCCAUGGCUUCUCAUGCAGCUUUGGCUUCUUCAAGAAUUCCUACAAGCACAAGGCUUCCUUCCAAGAACUCCCACUCAUUCCCCACACAAUGUUUAUCCAAGAAGUUUGAAGUAGCUGAAUUUUCUGGUCUUAGAUCAAGUGGAUGUGUGACAUUUUCCCACAGAGAGUCUUCUUUCUUUGAUGUUGUCUCCGCUCAACUCAUUCCAAAGACCACAGGAUCAGCCCCUAUUAAGGGAGAAACUGUUGCUAAAUUGAAGGUUGCUAUCAACGGUUUUGGACGAAUUGGUAGGAAUUUCCUCCGAUGCUGGCAUGGCCGCAAAGAUUCACCACUCGAUGUUGUGGUUGUCAAUGACAGUGGUGGUGUCAAGAAUGCAUCUCACUUGCUAAAGUACGAUUCAAUGCUGGGAACAUUCAAAGCUGAUGUUAAAAUAGUGGAUAAUGAAACCAUUAGUGUUGAUGGAAAGAACAUCAAAGUUGUUUCUAGCAGGGAUCCCCUCAAGCUUCCUUGGGCUGAACUUGGCAUUGACAUUGUUAUUGAGGGAACCGGUGUGUUCGUUGAUGGUCCUGGUGCUGGGAAGCACAUCCAAGCUGGUGCCAAGAAAGUUAUUAUCACUGCACCAGCAAAAGGCGCUGAUAUCCCUACCUAUGUUGUCGGGGUGAACGAACAAGACUACUCACACGAGGUUGCCAACAUCAUAAGCAAUGCCUCUUGCACCACUAACUGCUUGGCUCCAUUUGUAAAGGUCAUGGAUGAAGAACUUGGUAUUGUAAAGGGUACAAUGACAACAACUCACUCUUACACCGGAGAUCAGAGGCUUCUUGAUGCUUCACAUCGUGACUUAAGGAGAGCGAGAGCAGCAGCAUUGAACAUUGUCCCAACUAGCACUGGUGCAGCCAAGGCUGUGUCUUUAGUGCUACCUCAGCUUAAGGGAAAGCUCAACGGCAUAGCUCUCCGGGUCCCAACACCUAAUGUCUCAGUUGUUGACCUUGUUGUCAACGUCGCGAAAAAAGGAAUUACAGCUGAGGAUGUGAAUGCAGCUUUUAGAAAGGCUGCUGAUGGUCCAUUGAAAGGCAUAUUAGCUGUGUGUGAUGAACCUCUUGUUUCCGUUGACUUCCGAUGCUCUGACGUUUCAUCCACCAUCGACUCGUCCUUGACCAUGGUUAUGGGAGACGAUAUGGUCAAGGUCGUGGCUUGGUAUGACAACGAGUGGGGAUAUAGCCAAAGAGUGGUGGACUUGGCUCAUCUAGUAGCAAACCAAUGGCCAGGUGUUGCAGUACCAGGAAGUGGAGAUCCAUUGGAUGAGUUCUGUGACAAAAAUCCUUCUGAUGAGGAGUGCAAAGUCUAUGAAUAGACGUUUUUGUUAUGUUUAAUUCCUCUUUUGCGAUGGAUGAUAUAGAAGAACAAUAGUUUUGUUAUCUACAUACUUAAUGUGUAAAACUGAGUGGGAAGUCCCAUUAGUUUAAGCCAAUAAUGUCACAGUAUUAUGAAUUCUUUCUAUAUCCAUUUAAUGGAGACUGAAUAAAUGAUAUGCAAUUUAACCAGGCAUAUUUUUUAAUGUGA